AUGAACUGGGGGUUUCUACAGGGACUCCUGAGUGGUGUGAACAAGUACUCCACCGCCCUAGGCCGCAUCUGGCUGUCAGUGGUUUUUAUCUUCCGAGUGCUGGUGUACGUGGUGGCCGCAGAGGAGGUGUGGGAUGACGAACAGAAAGAUUUUAUUUGUAACACCAAGCAACCAGGCUGCCCCAACGUCUGCUAUGACGAGUUCUUCCCGGUGUCCCAUGUGCGUCUCUGGGCCCUGCAGCUCAUUCUGGUCACCUGUCCUUCCCUGCUUGUAGUCAUGCAUGUGGCCUACCGGGAAGACCGGGAACGGAAGCACCGCCGCAAACAUGGGCCCAAUGCCCCAGCCCUGUACAGCAACCUGAACAAGAAGAGGGGUGGCCUGUGGUGGACAUACCUGCUGAGUCUCAUCUUCAAGGCUGCUGUGGACUCGGCUUUCCUCUACAUCUUCCACCGCAUCUACAAGGACUAUGACAUGCCGCGAGUGGUGGCUUGCUCUGUGAAUCCCUGCCCCCACACCGUGGACUGUUACAUCUCCCGACCCACGGAAAAGAAGAUCUUCACCUACUUCAUGGUAGUCACGGCCGCCAUCUGUAUCCUACUCAACCUCAGUGAGGUUGCCUACCUGGUGGGCAAGAGAUGCAUGGAGGUCUUCCGCCCCCGGCGACGGAAAGCCUCUAGGAAGCACCAUCUACCAGAUACGUGCCCGCCGUAUGUGAUAUCCCAAGGAGGUCACCCUCAAGAUGACAAUACUGUCCUCACAAAGGUUGGGAUGACCACAGUGGAUGCAGGUGUCUAUCCAUGA